AUGGACAGGAUCUUUUGCUUUUGUUGUAAGUUGUUUAAAACAGCCAAAAACACUACUAGAGUUGGCCAACUUGGUAACGAUGGAUUCAAAGAUUGGCAUAAUUUGCAUCGAGAACAUUGGAGGCAUGUACUAACAAGGAUAAUCGCUAUUGUAAAAAGACUCACCAAAAACACCUUGCCAUUUCGAGGAGAUGAUGAGAGGCUAAAUGUUGAGAACAAUGGUCUGUUUUUACAAAUGGUGGAAAUGGUUAGUGAAUUUGAUCCAAUAAUGAAAGAGCACCUUCGGCGGGCUAAUGCAAAAGAGAUUCAAUACACGUAUCUUGGCAAAAAAAUUCAAAAUGAAUUGAUACAGUUGUUAGCUAAUGAGGUGAGAAAUGCAAUUGUCAAGAAAGUUAAACAUGCAAAAUAUUUUGCAGUUAUACUUGAUUGUACUCCAGAUGCAAGUCAUGAGGAGCAGAUGUCGUUAAUAGUACGAUUUGUAGAUGAUUCGGCAAACUUACCUACAGUUGAAGAACAUUGGCUUGAAUUCUUGAAGGUAGAUGACACAACAGGAUUUGGACUGACAACCGAGCUUCAAAAGGCUUUGAUCAAACUCGAUCUGGAUAUUGAUGACAUUAGAGGAUAA